GUCGUCGUCGUCGUCGUCGCUCAGUCUGUGAGUGACACUAAUUCGUGGAGGGUGGCCAUCGCGAGUUUUCUGUCGUAAUUAGUAGGAAAAUAUCGGUACCUCAGUGCGAUAACUGGCACGUACCAAUCGAUAAUCGCGUCCGCUAUCUAAUCACACCGCGAUGGAGUGCUCGGAACGACAUUGAAACUGCGCUGGAUUCGCGCGUGAAAGUCCAACUUUUUGGUGGGGAACAAAAGCACCUCUGGAAGAGGAGAAAGCGACGCACCAAAGAGUGUAGUGCGACGUGGAUACGUGCUGCGUUGCGUCUAUUUAUCUCCUCUCUCGCGUUCCCAACUUUUUCCCCUUCCGCGUCGCGAGUGAAGUAGCAAAACAAAGGGGUGUGUGAUUCUGUGUAUGUGAUUGCUACAAAGUCCAAAACAAACUAUCCGGACUUGAUGUACCCGAACGAUGACCUGUAGCUUGAUUAGGAUCUUCCUGUCGAAAGCCUGGAAGGAAAAGCAACGGCACCCGGUACGCAAUGUGCUGAAUACGCUCUUUCCGGUGGUCGUCAUUGCCCUGUAUGCCUUCAGUCGAUCCGGAUUCCAACGAGGUGGUUCUGCGGUCAACGAGAGUCCCGAGGCCAGCCCGGUGCAACUGUCCCCAGUUUCGUCACAAGAUGAUAUUGUCGAUGCAUUCCCGUCCGGAAGCUACAGCAAAGUGUUUUACGCGCCAGAAAAUGGAUUCACCAAAGAACUCAUCGAACUCGUACGGAUCAAGCUGUUCAUCACGAUUGAUCGCGUGGAAUCGUUCGCGACGUUGGCCGAGAUGGAACAGAUGCUGCUCUUCAGUCAGGACUACUACGCGAUCGCAUUCGAGCGGAACUCGUCCCGGCAGCACCUAUCGUACACCAUCCGCAGCAAGAAUAACAACUUCCGCACGGAUGAAAUAUACUCCCGGGAUGUGUACGGCAGUUACCUGAAGGAUCGGAACACGUACUAUGAGAGUGGAUUUCUUGCGAUGCAGUACGGGAUCGAGAAGUCCUUCGUGGAGAUGAGCACGGGGCUGGCGGAGGGAACGCUGCCGGAGUUCUACUAUGAGCACAUUCCGGUGGCCGGGCCAAGACCUCAGGAAUCGUCGCAGAUUUUCGUCGUCAGCAUGAUGCUGGCCGUGUUCGUUUCCGUGGCAUGUACCUAUCUGCUGCUCGUUCCGUUGGUGGAGGAGAAAGCAUCCGGGAUGAAGGAAUACCUGAAGAUUGCGACUUCGUGCAGCUACUGGAACGAGAUAGCCAUAUUCCUGAUGAACUUUGCUCACCUGAUCGUGGUGGUGGUUCUGUGCAUGGUAGUUACCCUGUUGGCAAAUAUAUGGGAAGCGACCGCGGCGCAGAUGGUUUUUGUCUGUAUCCUUCUGUUUCUGUUUGUGAUAUGUUCGAUAAGCUUUACGUUCUUUAUCAGCACCCUGCUGGAAUCGGUAACGAUCUCGACGAUUGUGGCACCGAUCUGCUACUUUGUUCCGGUUGUGUUUGCUUCGGCUCAGAAACGUUGGGAAACGCUGCUGACCGUGUUUCCCAUGGCCGGAUUCAAAGUGGCGGUUUCGAUUCUGCAUGAUUACCAGAAUAGUUGGCAUAGCUUUGGCGCGGCAGAUGCCUUCAAAGCUGGUUAUCCCGGUAACCAGAAGAUCAGUCUAUUUUUCACACUGUUCAUGAUGACAUGUGAAACUUUUCUGUGGACCUUUCUGUGGUUCUACCUGUCAAAUGUACGUCCGGGUCAGUACGGAACACCGAAGCCGUGGACAUUCUUGUUCUCCAAGCAGUAUUAUCAGAAAGGCAAAAAUAAGGUCAAACAAACGCAGCACGUGGAAAUGAUUCAGGAAGAUAGUCGGGAGUCGGACAGGGCUGCCAUAGAGAAUGGCGAUCACCUGGAGAAGGUCGUAAAAAUCUCCAAUCUAAACAAGAUCUUCAAAUCUUCGUCCGGAACUCGGGUUGCCGUCCGCAACCUGUCUCUUCGGAUUUACAAAAACCGGAUUACGGCACUGCUUGGACACAACGGCGCCGGCAAGACCACCACCAUGAAUAUCAUUACCGGAAUGACUCCACGGACGUCCGGUCGCAUCGAAGUAGACGGAGAGGACAAUGCCAGCAACUACCGUCAGCAGAUCGGAUUCUGUCCGCAACAUAACGUUGCCCUGGGUUACAUGAACUGUCGGGAGCAUUUGGUAUUCUUCGGAGCGCUACGCGGUAUGAGCAUCCCAGAAGCGGAACGGGAAGCAGAUGACAUCCUGGAGAAGGUGAACCUUUCGGACAAAAGCGAUGAAGUCCUGGCGAAUCUCUCCGGUGGAAUGAAACGUAGACUCUGCCUGGCCAACGCCAUCAUCGGACGGACUAAACUGCUGAUCCUCGAUGAGCCAACGUCCGGACUGGAUCCGGAAUCGCGUAGGGACAUUUGGGACAUCCUACUUCGGCUAAAAAAGGACCAUACCAUCCUAAUCACGACGCACUUCAUGGAGGAGGCCGACGUCCUGGGAGACUGGAUCGCCAUCAUGGAGAACGGUGAACUGAUCGCGUUCGGCACUUCGAUCUUUCUGAAGCACUACUACGGCAAGGGUUACACCCUCAAGCUGCUGAAGGGACCCGCGUUCGAUCGGGACAAAGUGAUGGCGAGAAUUCGCGACCUCAUCAGCGGAGCAGUGGAGAAACCAGCCGUCGAGCCGGUGUUUGCCGUCACUCUGCCGUACAUCUGCAUCGAACAGUACUCGGCGUUGCUGGAGGAACUGGAGUCGGAGAAGGACGCUCUUGGAAUCCAGUCGAUUAGUGUAACCAAUGCAACCUUGGAAGAGGUGUUCUUGAAUUCAUCGUCGGACAACAAAGCGCUGGAAAAUGAAAGGAGCUUCGAUGUGGUAGAUUCUCCCGGAAGAUCCGAACCCUCCGGCUCCAACGCUCAACCAUCGGGAAAGCCGCACGAGAACAUUCUGUUGAAACUGCAACUCCUUUCACAAUACAAAGCCAUCGCUUACAAAAAGUACCUUCAUAUCCGGCGUAACCUUCAUGUCUACCUCUUCAUGUCCAUUCUUCCCGUGCUAACAACAGUCCUUUGCUUUCUUCUAAGUGGAGGUUACUCCCGCAUCGACUACGAUGCCGUCAAGUUGCACCAUUCCACCGUGCAGGGUGCCUUCGCGGUUAUCAUACUGAACGGAAACGAUCGUCCGAUCGAGCUUUCCUCUAUCCGGAACGAAACGUACUUCCGGGAUCUGGAGCUGGUGUUGCUGGAAGAGCAAAACAUCGAGGACUAUCUGCUGCAGGAAGCACGGCGGGACAUUAUGCGCUAUCGGCACCGACUUGUGGCGGCCAUCGAGUUCAAUGUAUCGCAGGGAAGCCUAAAGAUACUGCACAACAACAAUUUGCUGCACAGUUCGGGGAUUGCCGCGAAUAUCGGCAGCAAUUUGCUGCUGCACUAUUACGGCUAUCCCAGGGCCGAGGUGCUGGUGAAGAACAGUCCAUCUACGCGAAGGAUGCAGCUGGAUUCGAUCACGCCGUACGUUUUCACCGAAGCGAUCUCUUUGGUAUUCAUGCUCUACAUCCUGCAGUAUCUUCAACUGCCCUUCCUGGAAGCUUCGACAGGCUUCAAACAACUGCAGAACGUCAACCGGUACAUCUACUGGAGCGGAACGUUCCUGGUGGACUACCUGCUGCAUAUCGUGGUUUGUUUGGCGGUGUUCAGCUUUGCCCUCGGUUUGGAUCGCGAGCGUCUCUUCAGCAGUUCCGAGCACUACCAAGUUCUAACUGUGCUGCUCUUGUACGGUAUCGCCGCCCUACCGAUGAUCUACAUCAUCAGUCAAAGCGUGGACAAAAUGGACACGGCCGUUACCUUCAUGAGCUACCUGAUGAUCUUCGGAGUUUGUGGAGUGUUCUUGCUCUCGGAUGGGUACGAUCGGAUCCGGGAAAACGACGCCCUGAUAUUCCUGUUCCAUCUCGUUCCGGAGUUCGGUUUGAAGCACUCGCUUCGGAUAAUCUACGAGAAUCAGAAAUUGACAAAGAUCCACGCUCUGUUGAAGGAGAACUCGAUCGAAAUCCGCGCCUCUACGACCAUCCCGCGUUUGGAACUCUACUACCAAUACUGUAUGGCUCCGCUGUUGAUGAUCGUGCUGACGCUCAUGCUCAACGAAGUGGUGGAGAACAUGUACCGCCGCGGCACGGUAGUAGAUCAGAAGACCCGGGCGAACAUGACCCUGCGGAAGCAUCUGGGUUGUACGAAGAGACAGCGGAGGAAAGCGCUUGGAAUCGAUCAACCGGAUUCGAACUACGAGAUGAUCGACCCGGAUGUGGACGAUGACGUCGAUGCGGAGUCCAAGAUGGUCAACGAAAUGGUUUCCAAGGAUCCACCGGAAUUUGCCUCGCAUACGAUUGCGGUGCAUGGCUUGCGGAAGCGGUACCUGAACCUGCCGGCGGUCAAGGGCGUGAGCUUUGCGGUGAAGCGUGGCGAAUGCUUUGGAUUGUUAGGAAUGAACGGAGCAGGCAAAACCAGUACGUUCCAGAUGAUCACCAGAAACCUCCCGAUCACGGACGGAGCCAUCUACCUGAACGAACGAGACGUUCGGCGAUCCAGCGAGCGAGAGUACCGCUCCCAGUACGGUUACUGCCCGCAGGGAGAUGCCCUGCUCGACUUCAUGACACCGCACGAACUGAUCCGGUACUGCGCUAUGCUGAAGAACCUUCAGCACAUCGAUGACCUGAUCAACCUAUGGCUAACGGACCUGGACAUACUGCCGUUUGCACACAGCCGUAUCAACGAGUGCUCCGGUGGAACGAAGCGCAAGGUGAACACCAUUCUGGCCAUGUUGGGCAGCCCGUCGAUUGUGUUCCUGGACGAGCCGACGACCGGCGUCGAUCCCAAGUCGCGACACUUCGUGUGGAGUCGCAUAAAGGCACUCCAGAGGGCCGAUCAAACGAUCAUACUGACCUCGCACAGUAUGGACGAGUGCGAGGAGUUGUGCAAUCGGCUUUCGAUCAUGGUCGACGGGCGGUUACGGUGCAUAGGGUUCAUUCAGCGGUUGAAGGAGAAGUACGGCAAGGGGUUCAAUUUGCUGCUCAAACUGAACGAGAGCGAAAUGCAGCGGGGAUGCGAGUUGGUAGCGGAGAUAAGGCAACGCUUCGGGUGCGAUUUGAAGGAAGAGCAUGAUGGCAUGCUGAAAUUCCUGGUGCCGGAGCCGGUGCCUCUGUCGCGUCUGUUCGGCGAAAUGAACGGCCUCAAGGAGGAGUUUGGCGCACUGAUCAGCAGUUUUUCUAUCAACGAAACGUCACUGGAGGAUAUAUUCCUUAAUUUUAGGCCCGCCCUGUCAACGUCGGCACUGUGCCGUCAGUCGGAGUCGAACGGAGUGGUCACCGUGUGAUUGAAGCGUUUGUGUGUUUUUGUUUUCGUUUGCACUAGAAGGUAAGAAUCCGUCAUCGUAGUUACCAACACCAGUGUGUAAUUGGCAGCAUUCCUACACGCCCCAUCGGACAUGUCUAAAAGAAUCUCCUUAUCAAUAAAAAAGUGCUUAUAAGUUCAAGUGAUAAAAUUUACGUAUGUGUACCGAUGAUUGUACCCGAGCAGGAAAUGAAAACGAACCUAUUACAAAUUAAUAUUACUGAUUUUGGUAUUGAUAACAAAAUAAAAUCAAAAGAAGAUUAUUCAAUAUCAAGUUCAGUUAUCAUUUAGAUAUCAUAUAAAAUUUCUCAAUUAUUACCCUUUACUGCCAUUUACCAGAUUUGCUGAUUCGUCUAAAACAUACUGUAAAAACUUGUAAUUAAUUAGAAGACUAAUUAAUUUGUUGCUAAUUGACAAAUUGAGAGAUGAAUUUGUGAAAAAAAACGCAUUCUGGUUUUGAACCCACGACUCAGUAUUCGCUAGACCGGCGCUUCAACCAACUAAGACACAGAACUGGUAUUAACUCGGAAAAUGUGAAUGAUAAAAUGAGAUAUCAAUGUUAACCAUUUUGUUUUUAGUUAGUAUUUUAAGUAGUACAUUUUUUGUUAUUAUGUUUUGUUAAGUCAUAUAAAACGAACACUUAUUUUGCAAUGAAAUUUCGUGAUAUCAAAGAACUCAAUUUAUUUUUAGCUACAUAGUUCUCAUUCCCUGCUCGGGUAGUUAUAUUCAAUCUUUCCGUUUGCUGAUGAUAAAUAUACGAAAUGUUUUAAGCUUUAAAUACAUUAAAAGCUAAUUUUCGAUGUA